AUGCUAUGUCAACUUAUUUCAAUAUUACAUUUUCACACGUAUGAUUAUGCAAGGCAUUUUGUCAGUGCUUGUACUCGUAUUCUUGGACUUGAGGGGACACCUGAAGGAGUUGAGGACCAAGGGAAACUGACUCGUGUUGCUGCGUUUCCUAUUGGGAUAGACUCAGAUCGGUUCAUGCGAGCACUUGAGAAUCCUCAAGUUCAGGAACACAUCAAAGAUUUAAAAGAGACAUUUGCUGGCCGAAAGGUAAUGUUAGGUGUUGAUCGUCUUGAUAUGAUUAAAGGAAUUCCACAGAAGAUAUUGGCUUUUGAAAAGUUCCUUGAGGAAAACCCUGAAUGGCGUGAGAAAGUUGUUUUGCUGCAAAUUGCAGUGCCAACAAGAACAGAUGUUCCUGAAUAUCAAAAACUUACAAGCCAGGUUCACGAAAUUGUUGGACGCAUUAAUGGCCGUUUUGGAACACUGACUACUGUUCCAAUACACCAUCUGGAUCGUUCGCUGGACUUUCUUCAAUUGUGUGCUAUAUAUGCUGUUACUGAUGUAGCCCUUGUCACAUCUUUAAGGGAUGGAAUGAAUCUUGUCAGCUAUGAGUUUGUGGCAUGCCAAGACUCUAAGAAAGGAGUUCUCAUUCUCAGUGAAUUUGCAGGUGCUGCACAAUCUCUGGGAGCUGGAGCGAUCUUGGUGAACCCUUGGAACAUCACGGAAGUGGCUAAUUCAAUUGCUCGAGCUCUGAACAUGUCACCUGAAGAGAGAGAGAAGCGACAUCGACAUAAUUUUAAACAUGUGACAACUCACACUGCUCAGGAAUGGGCUGAAACCUUUGUAAGUGAACUGAACGUUACAGUUGUUGAGGCAGAGCUGAGGAUAAAACAAGUCCCUCCUAACCUUCGAGAAGCAGAUGCAAUUGAACGUUAUUUGCGGUCUUACAAUCGUUUGCUCAUACUGGGUUUCAAUGCAACAUUAACUGAACCGGUGGACACUCCUGGUAGAAGAGGUGAUCAAAUUAGAGAAAUGGAACUGAAGCUGCACCCGGAGUUACAUGAACCCCUAACUGCACUGUGCAAUGAUCCAAAGACAACAAUUGUUGUCCUUAGUGGGAGUGACAGAAAUGUCUUGGAUUAUAACUUUGGGGGGUAUGACAUGUGGUUGGCAGCAGAAAACGGGAUGUUUUUACGCCGUACCAUUGGAGAAUGGAUGACAACAAUGCCGGAGCAUUUAAAUAUGGAAUGGGUUGACAGUGUUAAGCAUGUUUUUGAGUAUUUCACUGAACGAACACCGCGGUCACAUUUUGAACAGCGUGAAACAUCACUUGUAUGGAAUUACAAGUACGCAGAUGUUGAAUUUGGAAGAAUUCAGGCAAGAGAUAUGUUGCAGCAUCUCUGGACAGGCCCAAUUUCAAAUGCAUCGGUUGAUGUUGUCCAAGUAAGUCGAUCAGUCGAGGUGCGAGCAGUUGGUGUUACGAAGGGUGCGGCAAUUGAUCGUAUUUUGGGGGAGAUUGUCCACAGUAAAUCUAUGACAACACCAAUUGACUAUGUUCUUUGUAUUGGACAUUUUCUGGGGAAGGAUGAAGACGUGUACACUUUUUUCGAGCCAGAACUCCCUUCAGAACCCACAAGCAUUUCAAGAACUAAACCAACCGAUGGACUGAAGUUACCUGGGGAGAGACGACCAUCAUUGAAGCUUCCAGCAAGCAGAAGUGGGUCAAAGUUAUCUCAAGGUAAAACACAACGACCUACGUCAAAUCCUGAGAGAAAGAUCCCCACUCAAAACUGUGCUGGUGCACGGCGACCAACACCCGAAAAGAUGUCAUGGAAUGUGCUUGAUCUGAAUAAAGAGAACUACUUUUCUUGUGCUGUUGGACGGACUCGCACAAAUGCCCGCUUUCGACUUCAAUCCUCAGAUGAAGUCAUCUCGUUUUUAAAGAAAUUAGCAACCUAUGCUGAUUCAGAUUCUUCAUCGUCAUCAUCAAGCAUAUUUUAGAAGGGAUUAGAUGAGUUCAUUGGUCGCCGACACAUUAAUAUUGUACCUUACACCAGCUUUACAAAGCGCCAUUAAAGGGUCUCUAAAAUUGUUGUCUACCUCAAUAGAAAACUUAUUAGUCCUUACGUAACUGAAAGCAUCGAAACCACAGUGAUGUUCUUCAUUAUAAUAUUCAUAAAAGGAAAAUAUUUUAGCGCUAA